AUGUCUCUCGAGGGCAUGUCGCCAGCGACGCCCUUUGCGGCGCCGCUUAUGCCAAGGGCCACCUUGUCUCCAGAGACUCUUCGUACUAUCACCAUUCUUGAGAGAGUGAGCUCGGUGCCAUCUCUUCUCGCAUCUAUCUUUGUCAUGGUCACAUUCCUUACUUCUCACGCGUUUAUGCCCGCUGACUCGCUCUGGACGCUGGCCAUGUCUAUUAAUGUUUACCUCACCUUCUACCGCAAUGCGGAUGCUCGCAUAUUGCGUAAGAUGGAGAUCCCUUAUCUUUUGUUCAAUUACGGUGUUCCAUUUGUCCCUGCGUUUACCUACAUCUUUGUGAAAGAUAAGGAGGGUCACCGAGUGUACGGAAAUGCAACUCUAUGGUGCUGGGUGACACCCGAGUGGCAGACUUGGAGAAUUGCCACAUUUUAUGGCCCAGUCUGGCUUGUCAUCCUAUCAACUAUGUUGAUCUACCUACGCGCCGGUCGAACAAUCUACAACAAGAGGAAGCAGCUGCAUAACAUCACCCCCAUAGAAACCGAGAGCGACGCCUACACGACGGCAAAGACGACUGAAGUUUGUGUUACAACCGAAGUUGUUGACCACACCGGAGGUGUGGUAGCGCCAUCUGCCGUCGCCGACCGUCACCGCCGAGGCUCUAGUGUAGCAACAUCGUCUAACCCACAGCAAUCUCAGGGUAUGGCUGCUUACUCUGUAAUGAUUUCGGCCGACAUUGAGAACCAGCCCCACAAUGAAGGCAUGGUUAUUCAGGCUGGCGCAACUACGGCUGUAAAGAAUGGUAUCACCGCGCAACAGCGGAGGAAGAAUCUCGAGGCUCAUAAUGCUGCUUGGUCAUACACCAAGUGUGCCAUUCUCUUCUUUACGGCAAUUCUCAUCACCUGGAUUCCUUCAAGCGCUAAUCGAGCCUACUCGGUCAUCAACGGCGGCCGGUCAAUCCUUGGACUGGAAUAUGCCGCAGCCUUUGUGCUUCCUCUUCAGGGACUGUGGAACUGCAUUAUCUACAUUACUACCUCGAUGACAGGAUGCAAGACGUACUUCCGAGAACUUGGGCUCUUGCCUCCCCAAAGCAAAGGAGAGCAUCGCUCUUCGACCGGAAUUCUCUCGUCGAGAAAACGCGAAACGUUAUGA